CUGAGAACGGAAGUCGGUCGGAAAGUCGAAAAAACAGUGCAGUUGUAACGGCCACCUCAGGAUGGCCAUGUUUUGUUUGCUGCUGGCAGCGGCAGCAUUCGUGCUGACUGGCGGGCUUCGGGGGUGCCGGUGUGAUCGACCGGAACGCGACCACGAGUGGUACCGAGCGGCCAGCGGGUUCGAUGGAGCUGUUUGGCGCCAGGAUGAAAGCAAUUCGAUUCCGAUUACAAAGUUAACGCUAGCUCGAUCACGAUACUACCCGGCGGCAGCGGCAGCCAUUGCUUUUCGUGGCUCUUCGACGCCACCGGAGUUGCUGCUCAAUCGUUACCGGAAGUACAUGGUGGACACAUUUGUUCGCUUCGAUGACGCAUGCUCUUCGGACGACGAGGAGGACGACAGCCACAACAGUGAUGGGCCCGGGGGCCCUAGCACAGCACGGUCGGACGUGUCAGAACGUAGCUCCACGCCGCCGGACGACGCCGGGACCAGAGAGACCGCGGGGGACGCAAAGAGAUCCAACACACCGUGGGCUGAAACAAUGAAGCUUCCUGUGGACGGAGAAUGGUGUAGCAAAAGCGCCAAAAACUUCUACCGCUGUCUGCACGAUCGCCUAGACGACCAGCAGUUGGUUGCUAUGAUCGACAGCUACAUCGAAGCCAACUGCUACAGGAGUGAAACCGAUGCAGCGGAUACGGACGACGGUGGUGGCCCGGGCAACACGUUCCCGGAGAAGCGCGACUGGCCGAAGUACGUGUCGAAGCAAAAGUUUCACUCGUGGGGCGGCAAACGAAACGCCGGCCAGGUGUUCUACCCAUGGGGCGGUAAACGCACAGCGGUCCCGAGGGCCCACAAGCAACCGAAGGUGGUGAUCCGAAAUCCGUUCCACUCGUGGGGCGGCAAACGCAGCGAUCUGGCCGUGGCCGUUAUGGCUUGAUCUGCGGUGGCGCAGUUCGCCAUCAGAUAAGCUAGUGUUUCCCCUCCGGUCAGUGCAUGUUCCGUAGUGUCGUUACGAUU